UUGAUCAAAAACCGCGAAAGUUAUAGUAAGUUCUUUUUUUCAUUAAUUUUUCUGCUGAAAAAUCAGACUCUUUUUUUUCAGAAAUCCUUCAAAAGGUGAACUUUGAAAGUUCAAAAACAUCCAACAACUUCUGGACCAACUUCAAGUUCAAAAAUGUCUGGAUUCCAAAUCGAGCAAUGAUUUAUGAGCAGAAGGAGAUUAGCAAAAUAUCGUGAGUUUUUGAGAACAUUUUUGGAUGAUGAAUUCAUUUUCCAAUAUUUUAGAUGGAUUAGCUUCAAAAGCUGCUUAAAAAGUUGUCCGAGAGUUUAACUCUCCAACUUUUGCACUCCGCUCGAAUCAAUCAAUAUUUCCUGGUCCAUUGGCUCAAUUGCUUAUAAUAACUGUAGCUUCAAAAGCUCUCCAAAGAGUUAAACUCUGAAUUGGCCAGGAAACUUGAUGUAAGUUCUUUUUUCAUUAACUUUUGUGCUGAAAAAUCAUACAAAUAUUUCAGAAAUCCUUCAAAAGGUGAACUUUGGAAGUUCAAAAACAUCCAAGAUGCUGCAGCAACUUUUGGACAAAGUCCAAAAAUCCCUGGAUUCCAAGUCGAGCCAAGCUGA